UGCUGUCCAGAAUGGCACUGUCCAGCUACCAAAUUUUGCUUGCUGUGGGCAUGCUUUUGACCGGUAGCAUCAACACAAUAAGUAAAAAAGCUCAAAAUGACUGCAAUGUGCCAGGCUAUUACAACUAUUCUGCAAAUGGGACAGCUACAACCCAUGAAUUUGAUCAUCCUUGGUUCCAGACAAUCAUAAUGUUUAUUGGAGAAUCACUCUGUCUGGUUGGUUUAGCCAUUAGCAGGAAGAAGGAAAGGGACCAAUGGAAGAAAGAGAAUGCAGAACGUGAAAGAGAAGGAAAGCCAGUGGAGAAUCUUCAGCAGGGAGGUUUCAUCAAGCUAAUCCUUGCUGUGCCAACCUGCUUGGAUCUCAUUGGAACCUCACUUGCUGGUAUUGGUCUUGUGUAUGUCAAUGCUUCUGUCUGGCAGAUGUUACGAGGAUCCAUUAUUGUAUUUGCUGGUAUAUUAUCUAAAAUCUUCCUAAAACGAAAUCUGAAGUGCCAUCAUUGGACUGGGAUGUUUGUGACUGUGAUUGGUCUGGUGCUUGUAGGCAUUUCAAGUGUCUUCAAAGGAGAGAGCUCGAAAGGUUCAGGAUCGGAGGCACUGUUAGGUAUCGCCUUAAUCCUUGGUGGGCAGGUAAUCAGUGCAAGUCAGAUGAUCGUAGAAGAGAUGUUCCUCAAGAAAAGAAAUUACCAUCCACUGCAGGUAGUGGGCAUGGAGGGCACCUAUGGUUUUCUCAUUAUGGCAGCAGCGGUGCUUCCAGCUAUGUACUUCAUCCCGGGGCCACAACUCAACAACAGCUAUGAGAACAGCCUCGAUGCCCUGUACCAGAUCGGGAAAAGUCCACGGCUCCUCAUCUUCUGCCUUCUCUACUUGUUUUCUAUUGCAUUUUAUAACUAUUUUGGAUUGGCAGUCACAAAGUCAUUGACGGCUGUCCAUCGGACCCUCCUGGAUGCCUGUCGGACAAUAGUCGUUUGGAUUGUGGAUCUAAUUAUUUACUAUGCUUUUGAUAAGGGCUUUGGGGAAGAGUUUGAUAAAACUUGGGGUCUACUGCAAGUGGACGGUUUUCUCUUCCUUCUAAUCGGCACAGCGCUCUAUAACGAACUGGUUGAUGUAUCGUGGUUGCCAUGCAUGGGACCAUCCCAGCAAGAACUGCAGCAGAUUCAACCAGAAGAUAGCGCUGCUGGUGAGGCUGAAGGAGAGGAUGAGGCAGAUGAGAGGACAAGACUUAUCAAAGACAAUCGGGGAUCAAUCAAUGCUUAACCUCUAACACUAGGACAGACGUAUCUGUCAUAGGGACUGACACUUGGACAGUUGUUGCAGGUUGUUUCCACAGCCUAUUUUUUCCAUAAACAAGGGAUCUUUUUAUUGCUCAUCUCAGUGAUGUUCGAUAUAUCAAACUAGUUCACAGUCAUUGCAGUUUGCAGUGAUGACCUUUUUGUCUCAGACGUCUGCAUGAUGCAGCAGACAUGAAAUCUUUGUCAUACUUCUGAUAGUGAUUGUAGGUCUCUUUGAUAAAAGUCCCUGUCCAUGGUGUGAUUUCAUCAGAUGGUGCUAAUUUGUCCCCAUAGGGGAAAGAUAUUCGAUGCUUUGUUUCUUUGUAAAAUAUUUAUAUUUCAUUCCAAGUGAGUGGGCUUGUCAAAAUUUUUUUGAGGAAGGUACUUUGUGCUAGUCUGUUCAUUGUCAUGAUCAACAAUAUUUUCCCAAAUGUUGCAGCAGUCAAUGAAGACCCUGUACCCCUUGUCAGGCAGUCGACACUUCAGUGACUUUCUGGGGCCAGGAUUUGACUAAUUCACCAAAUACUUCGGCUUUUCAUUCAGAACUUGAUACCUAAUUGACACUUAACUAGCUUUUUUAUUUGUAUGUUUGUAUGCAAACGUGUUGUUAAAUGAGGAAGUUGCAAGUCUAAUAUUAAAUUGAGGCCAUUUUGUAAAUCA